CUCUCCUCCACCCGCGCCCGCUGCCCGGAAUGGCCCUGGCAUCUCACACCCUGUGUUUUCUUUUGCUGCUGCUCCUGGGACCAGCCUGGCAGACUGUGGGCUCCACUGUGCAUUCUCUUUGCCUCAACUUCACUGUCACAUCUCGCUCCCCACCUGGGCAGCUCUGUGGUGAAGCCCAGGGCUCAGUGGAUGGAAACCCUUUUCUUCAGUAUGACUGUGAAAACAACAGGGUCACACCUCUGGGUCCCCUGGGGGACAAGGUAAAGGCCACCAAGACAUGGACACACUUGACCCAGAAGAUGGGAAUAGUGGAGAGCCAGCUCAGAAUGAUCAUGCCUGACAUCAAACUGGAGAGAAACACGACCAGGGUGUCACCAACAAAGACCCCAGAGACCGGCCAGUCCAACUGGAUGAUGAUUUUGAUCUUUGUCUUUGUCCUAUUUGUCAUCAUUGUCAUUGGCAGCAUCAUCGGCAUCAAGGUCAAGCCCUCUAGGAGGAGAUCAGGUGCUACUGGAGACCAUGAGAAUGUAAAUGGUCAACCCCUGAUGAUAAAAAAUGAAGUUUGAAAUAGGAGCCUACAAUCUCCUGCAGAGAUGUUUUUACAAGACACUAUGAAGUUUUAUGGUUUUGAAGCUAAUGAACUUUAAUCUUCAGACCAGCCCUUCACUUGCAGGAGCCCCUCCUGGGCCCUUGAAGAGCCCCUUGCGUGGACUUCUGUUACUUGGUCAUUUUGAAAAUUGGCAGAAGUGAGACCUUUGCCUCUCACCAGACAGGACAGCUGCUGUACCUGAUGUUCUUCCCACCGGACCUGACUCUGCCUCUGGGGAGCUGGAGCGGCUGCUGCUAUUUAUUUUAUUGAUUUAUUUUUUUAAAGUUUAUUUAUUUAUACAAGAACCAGGGUACAGGCCAGAUGCGUGGGAGGGUGAGAGGAUUCACCAGAGUCAGAGCGGAGAACAGAACAGGCAGAAUGAUGAAAUACACUGCUGAGGGGAGCAGCGGGUGAGGUAGGAGAGGUCUGCCGCAACAUGUGGGACCCUUGCUGGGCGGCCAGGAUCGAACCAGCGCUGCAGAGGCUACAGACAGCUUCACAGCUCAGCGCUCAACCGCCUGCACCACCAGGGGAGGCCCUGCUAUUUAUUUUAGCCAGUGAAGUGAAGAGCGGUUAGGAAUAUAUUCUUAUAUACUGUGUACUGAGAUAUUUAUAAUGUAGUAACAAUGUGCAAAUAUUAAUAUUUAUGUGUUCACAGUCCCUCUGUGUGAAGGUAGUUAUCACUGUGCAGAACCCACGUCCAGGGUGCUAAUAAGCCUAUGAAAAGGUGCUAAGCAUCGUUAGCCUCCAGGGAAAUGCAGAUCAUACCACCCAGUGAGAUGCCGCACAUGCUCCGGGGUGGGUGGCACCAAAAAGACAGUACAGAACAUUUGAAACUCUCUUACUGCCGGCUGUACAAGCUGUAGGACUGUGAUAUGAACAAGCUGUAGGACUCAUAUUUAGCACCCUGCAACUUAGACUAGAAGCAUUGGGACUCAAAUGCUUUGUUAAAAAGCUAUCAAACGUUUAAACUAUGCUUCACUUCUGUAUCAUACAUAAUAUGGAACAAACUUUUUUCCUACACAUUAGCAGAGAGUUGUAUUCCUUCCUAAGCGUGGGUCAGCUUCCAACAUGUCAUCCCUGUGCUUUCACUGUCAGGAAAUGUAUCUGAGAUAUUGAGUGACAAGAAAGAAAAGGCAGGCAGUGCCCAGUGCAGGGUGAAUGUGGAGAGAGUGAACCCCUGGAUGGCGGGGAAAGACAAUGGAGAUGGGGUCAGUGAGGAGGGUGACUGUGUGAGGUGAGGGCUGUGUGCUGGGCAUGACUUGUUUCUCGAUGAUGCUGGAGAUUCCAGAGUGAAAUGUGGACAGUCAGGGAUGAGGAGCAGGUAUUGUCAGAUCAUGUGGAGUUUCCAUUUCUAAUUCUGAAGCAAUUUCCACCCCAGGAAGGGGAUGUUUUUAAAAAAACAUCUCUUCCAGGCUUUCCUCAGGGAUCUGUUCUAAAUCCAGCUCCAAACGUUCUAAAGUAGAUUGUGGGGUUGAAAUGGUCAACGUGUUUGGCAUAUUUAUGGCAGAUUUUCGUACAGGAAGUCUACAGACCACCUGCUGGAAAGUCCUAGGGUCUUUUUUGGAAACAGUUUGCCUGGUUGCGAUGCUGGCUCUAGGGCUUUUAUGAAACAUAUUUAUUGACAUGUAAUUUGAAUGACACCAGCGACAGGGCACCUGAGUGAGCUGAAGCUCUUUAAACAUAAAGGCUAUUUUUUGGAACUUUUGAAGAUUUAAAAGCCUACAUCCUAAUUCAAUGUUUGUUGUAAUACUUG